UGAAAGAAGUUUCAAGAAAAGGUCGAUUAUCGAUCCAAUAAAGUUUGCAAAGAAGAGGACGACGGUCUGCUUUACGCAACAACAAGGAAGCAAGUGCUCAACAGGAAGGCGAAGCACCAUGUCGGUUCAACAGUUGCUUCCAAUGAUGGAAGUAGUAUACAACCGAAAGAAGACUACUUAUUUCAAACUGGCCCACAACCCUGCUAAGGGGACACACGUUGUCGCCAUCAAAGAUAUCGAAGGUGGGGCAGUGGUUCUCGUAGAGAAGGCAAUGUAUGUUCAGCCCACCCGUCACCAUUCCUCUCUUGCCGUAGAUCCUGAUUUCCAGUCCUUGAUCGCAAUCAUUGAUGAGAAGGAAGAUAGCUGUAAUAGUCAAGCUCUACGGGACGCACUAGACCGCGUGGCAGAACUGAGUGUAACUGCGUACAUCCAAGGGUCGUCACAGAAAGAAGAAGUUUGGAAGCUGGAAGAUUCCCAUCGUCAUGCCAGGGUGGGUGAUAAUGUCCAAAUCGAAGGUCUGGCUUCAGAGGCGGGCAAAAAGCUGAAUGGUAGCUAUGGACAUGUAUCCAAAAUGGACGAGAAAGAUGCUAGCCGACUUGGUGUGGUGGUUUCAGCGCCAGGGGGGCGCAAAGGCACCAAGAACAAAAGCAAACAUGGUGAGAUGGUGAGAUCCAUAAAGCCAUGCAACCUCAAGACAUUGGGUGGGAUCAUGCGAACCAAUGCAUAUCAUGAUACCACCUUGGAGGCACACAUUUUGUUCAAGGAUCUUUGCAGGUUCAAUCAUGCAUGUUGUGAUGCUGCAAAUCUCAACAGAACCAUCCAUCAUGGCAAGGCAUACGUGGUCGCCAAGAGAGACAUAUUGUGCGGAGAGGAGUUAAUGAUUGACUACCUAGCAGCAACAGUGCAAGGGCAGAACCGACUAGAGUUGCUGCACAACAUGUUUAACUUUAGGUGCCAAUGUCCUGAGCACUAGCUACCAGCAUGUCUAUGCUGCACGGGGUAGCACUUGUGUUAGCCCUGCGGGGUCGGCAUUCGAACACGUACAUGCUAUUGUAAAAUAACCAAUGGUCGAUCACACUUUCCGUCUGGCAAACUUCCUAUGGAGCUCCUGUCCAGGCAGCAUCCCUUGAAACGUUUCAUGUAAAAGGCACCGCGAAGCCAGGUUUGAAGAACCAGAAAACGAGGUCAGAUCGUCAGGCAAAGUUUUGAAAGUGAAAACCAACAGAACAGUCUGCCAUGGAACUUCAAUUUGCGGAUGUGAUUGUGGUUGGUGCCCAUCAUUGAUCUAGCAUCAAAAGAAGUGACAAGCACAAGCAAUAGCAUACUGUAGUUUGGCACAUUGGGCAGCCAACUGCUGGUGUCGAAUCGGUAACAACACAUUUACUUGGGAUGAUUCAUUCAAGCAGCACCUCGAGCAGAGAUUGACGGAUGCAUUCGCUGCAGCAUUUCCCUUC